AUGGCUCAUCUUCCCAAGGCUGUACUCUACUACUCUCCAGUCUCUGUCUGGUCUGCUGUCGUAUUGUUGACUAUCGAUGAAAAGGGGUAUGGACCAGACGAAAUUGAUUUUCGCUCGGUUGAUCUCAGCAAAGGAGAGAACUAUGAUCUUACGUUUCUUCGACUUAAUCCCAAAGCGACUGUGCCGGCCUUGCUCGUUCCAUACGAAAAUACACUCACUGAUGCUGAAGAAAGCCGCUACAAGGCGCUGACUAGUACAAAGGCGAUUGUAGAGUUUUUGGACAAAUCACGGUCGGCGUUGUCACGGACGCAAACAACAUCGAGAGCGCCGGCGCCGUCACUGACACCUGCGACGAUCGCGGCGACAAACUCGUGCAAAGUGAUCAUUGAUGAUAUUCUGCACAUCGAAGAGGCAAACCCGAACACGCUGCGCUACGUGAACGCGCGCGACGACGAGUCGCUGCGGGCGCUUGCAAAGGAGCUUGUGCCGUCGAUGAAGCAGCGACAAAAGGUGCUGUUGGAACACCUGGCAGAGGCGGAGCAGGGGAGUGCGCGUGUGUCUGAAAAAGUGAAGAAGCUGUGGGCGGACAAGCUGGAUGCGAUCAACGUAAUUCUGGCUGUGCUGGCUGAUGCUGAAACGGCGGAGAGCGAUCUUGGAGAAGAGGGGCGGGCGCAGCGACAGGCGUUUUACAAGACGGCGCGGCAGGCCUGGGAAACUAAUCUGUCGCAGGUGAUGACGCAGCUAAGCAAGGAGAUGGUUGGGCCCUACACGCUUGGAGACCAGUUCUCGAUCGCCGACUUGCAUCUUGCAGGAUGGCUCACCCGGGUGGCGAAGCUCGCUGGGGGACAGAGCAGCGACGACGGAGAGACGAUUGCGCGCAAGUUGGAGGGGCACAUUGGCGGAGGCUUCCGGUUCGCGCGGGACUUUAUCACCGAGCAGGCGCGACGGGAAAAGGCAGCAGUUGAGAAGGGGAGCAAGGUGGGCGCAUUCUGGGACGCACUGAGGGAGCGGGCAAGCUGGAAGAAAGUAUACAGAGAGGGGCUAUUCUAG